AUGGUGGACUACUUUGUGUUUGAUGACGAGGGUGACAUCUAUCUUUCUUUCGGGCCUCUCACUAGCGAAUCCCAUUUCCCCGAAGGCGAGGAAGUAAUCGGCAAUGAAGGGAGUGUCGAUGAAGAACAAAAAGAACACAAUACCGGCUCUCUUCAGACAGUUCAAAUCCGGGUCUCCUCCGCCAUUCUGAAGAGCUCGUCUCGCAUAUUCCAGGCUAUGCUCAGCAAUGAGCACUUCUGGGAGGCCCAUACCUUGAAAUCCAAAGGCUCGGUGCAUAUACAACUCCCAGGCGACAAACAUGAACCAUUCAGGAUCGUCAUGGCGAUUAUACAUCAAAGGCACGUCCAAGUCCCCGAGAUUGUGGACUCAAAGACAUUGGCUCGCAUCGCCACGAUUGUGGAUAAAUAUGGGUUUCAUCUUGCCGUGAUCAAACACGCCCAGCUUUGGGUUGACAAGCUUGGAAGCGAAAUUUCAAACGGGUUUAAUGACGAUAUCAGUCUGUGGAUAUGGAUCGCUUGGGUAUUCCGCGUGCCCACGCUCUUUCGAAGGCUCACGGCAAUAUGCCAGAGAGAAUCAGAGGGUCACGACCUUGGCUCUGUGAUAGACAAUGCCCAGCUACCACAAAAGCUCAUAGGUAAGGAUUACGUGUCUAGUAGUGUGGAAAAGUAG